CGGCAGCUGGUGCUCGGUCAUUACUGGAGCUCUCAUCGAAUCGUGCGUGUUGUCGUGAUCGAUUUGUGAAUGGAAAUCAAUCGAUCGAUCAGUCAGGCCGCGUGGGUGCUGCUGAGCGUGUGCGUGGCUCUGACGUCACAGGAGCGGCCAGAUGACGCGGGAGGCUGGUGGUUGGAUUCGGACGUGCGGCUCCAGGAUGAAGGAUCCUGUAACAUCGACGUGUGGGACGGCUCCUCGCUCUCCUACCAGCAGUUCAUCGAACGAUACGCCUUCAGUCGACCAGUCGUCCUCCGAGCGCUGACGGACAACACGAAGUUCCAGCUGCUCUGCUCCAAGUCGACUUUACUCCGAGAGUACGGCUCCCGGAAAGUGCGGCUCAGUACAGCGAACACGUAUUCUUACAGGAAAGUGGACGUCACUUUCCAGGAGUACGUGGAGGAGUUCCUGAGGCCUCAGUCCAGCGACUCUCUCGGCAGCGACACCAUGUAUUUCUUUGGAGACAACAACUUUACGGAGUGGCAGCGCCUGUUCGAGCACUACACGCCCCCCCCGUACUUCCUGCCGCGCACCAGCGCAGCGCUCAGCUUCGGGAUCGCAGGCCCUGGAACCGGAGUUCCUUUCCACUGGCACGGCCCCGGCUACGCGGAGGUCAUCUACGGAAGAAAGCGUUGGUUCCUCUACCCGCCUGAUAAGGAGCCUCACUUCCACCCCAACCACACCACCCUGUCCUGGGUGAGGGACACCUACCCCCACCUGCCCCCGGGCGAGGCGCCACUGGAGUGCACCAUCAGGCCGGGAGAGGUGCUGUAUUUCCCUGACCGCUGGUGGCACGCCACUCUCAACCUGGACACCAGCGUGUUCAUCUCCACGUUCCUCGGCUGAACUUCUCUUCACUGUUUGUUUCCUUCAGGAUAAGAAACAGAUUCAACAACACGAGGACGAAUCUGACGAACUCUUUUUCUUCUGGUUUGAUUUUGGUCUGGACGAUGAAGACGUUUCAUUUCAGGGACUAAAGACGAACAGAAACAUUCCAGCCGCGUUUCCUCAUGAUGAAGAUUAUAAUAAUACUAAUGUGUAUUUCAUGACCAAAGCAACAGAAACAGAUUGUGUCUCCUUUAAAAAAUAAAACAUAUAAAAAAAUGUCCUUUUUCAGAGUUUUACAGUUUUACCUGUUUCUGUCGCUGAUGAAAUAAAAGAUCCUAAACUAAAGUACAGUUUCACCCAGGAACGUUUUCCCAUCAAAUUAGUGUAACUGAGCUUCUACAAUCCACCGACUCUACAGCUUCUUCCUCCAACACCACGACAGCUGCAGUUUAUAAUCUGAUUCCUUUCUGUGCAGGGCCGGGUCUAGGCAGGGGCAAGAGGGGGCCUGGCCCCCUCAAAUAAAUGUUGUGCCCCCUCAAACUAAAUCCCAAUUUAAUAAUAAUAAAGCACAAUGCCCCCUCAAGAUUUGUGGCUGCCCCCUUAUACAUGCCUGUCUAGACCCGGCCCUGUUUCUGUGACUAAUCUGAUUGUCGUCAGCACUUUGUUGAUUCUCAGCUGUUGUCAAGUUACAAUUCCUAUUGAAAUGUUCCCGUUCAUAUCCACUAGCUCAGACAAUAAAUUCAGUUGUGGCGACAGAAAAGCUGCAGACGUUCAAGUGUGAUGACGUUUAUCAGCCAAAAGCUACUUUUCAUUGAAAAAGCCAAAAUAUCUGUUUUCUUCUUUGUUUUUUGUCAAAAUUUUCUUGAUUUAUCCAGUUAUUUAUUUUCCCAUUUCUUACUUUUAUUUUAUUCACACAUACAUUUUCCUGACGCAUUUAAU